AUGACUACUGGGUUGGAACUAAAAUCGAAACCAAUUCCUUCAAAAGGCUUAUCAGCUGAUGAGGAUGAUGAAGACGAUGAUAUUCCCCUUUCGAUAAAUUUGAAGAAAAGAUCCCAUUCUAGAAUUGCCUCCAAAGAAGAUGAUGACCAAGAUAACGAAGAAGAAGAAGAUGAUGAUGAUGAAGAUGUUGUUUUAGCAAAGAAUAAUACAUCAUCCAAGACUUCAAGAGCGUCUACAAGAAAGAAACCAAGGAAAACACGCAUACAAUACAAUGAAGACGAAGACGAAGAUAAAAACACAAAUGAUAAUGAUGACGAAGAUUAUGGUGUCAAAUCAGAAAUAGACAGUGAUUCUGCCUUAUCUCAAGGAAGUCAAUCUUCCGCCACUACAGUCACUUCAUCAAGUUCUAAACCGUCACCAAAAAAAGUAAGAAAAACUGCUUCUACUACAGCCUCUAAAUCCAAGACCAAAUCUCAAACAAAGUCUAAAUCAAAUACUAAAGUUAAGAAGGAAGUCACUACUACUACUUCUAAAAAAGUUAAAAAAGAAACUACUUCUACUUCUAAAAAAAUUAAAAAGGAAACUAAACCUAAAAAGAUAAAAGUUGAAAAUGAUUCACAAAUAGCACAGGAUACUGAAGAAUAUAAAACUUUAAAAGUAUCCAAGGUUAAAGAAGAAAAUAUUGAUGAAACUACCACAGAUGAAAAUGAUAAUAAAUAUAAAUGGUGGGAAGCAAAUAAAGAUGACGAUGAUACCAUUAAAUGGACCACUUUAAGCCAUAACGGUGUUAUUUUUCCUCCAGACUAUGAACCUUUACCUUCUCACGUCAAAUUAUAUUAUGAUGGGAAACCUGUUGAUUUACCACCUUCUAGUGAAGAAGUAGCUGGGUUCUAUGCUGCUCUAUUAGAAACUGAUCAUGGUAAAAAUCCUGUAUUUCAAAAAAAUUUCUUCAAUGAUUUCUUGCAAGUUUUAAAAGAAGCUGGUGGUACUAGAAAUAACAUUAAAAUUAAAAAAUUUGAAUUAUGUGAUUUUACUAAAAUGUACGAUUAUUUUGAAUUGAAAAAACAAGAAAAGAAAGCUUUAAGUUCACAAGAAAAGAAACAGAUAAAAUUAGAUAAGGAGAAAUUUGAAGAACCUUAUAAAUUUUGUAUGCUGGAUGGUAGAAAAGAACAAGUAGGUAAUUUUAAAAUCGAACCUCCUGAUUUAUUCCGUGGUCGUGGUGCACAUCCAAAGACCGGGAAGUUAAAAAGACGUGUUUUCCCUGAAGAUGUUGUGUUAAAUCUUGAUAAAGAUUCAAAAACCCCAGAACCACCUGAGGGACAUCAAUGGGGUGAAAUUAGACAUGAUAAUACAGUUCAAUGGUUAGCCAUGUGGAGAGAAAAUAUUUCAAACUCUUUUAAAUAUGUUAGAUUGGCAGCUAAUUCUUCAUUAAAGGGUCAAAAUGAUUUGAAAAAAUUCGAAAAGGCAAGACAAUUGAAAUCUCAUAUCGAUAAUAUUCGUAAAGAUUAUCGUAAAAAUUUAAAGAGUAAAGUUAUGUUGGAUAGACAAAAAGCUGUGGCAAUUUAUUUAAUCGAUGUAUUCGCAUUAAGAGCAGGUGGUGAAAAAUCAGAUGAUGAAGCUGAUACUGUUGGUUGUUGUUCUUUACGUUACGAACAUAUUACUUUGAAACCACCUCAAACUGUUGUAUUUGAUUUUCUUGGUAAGGAUUCUAUUAGAUAUUAUCAAGAGGUCGAAGUUGAUAAACAAGUAUUCAAAGAUUUGACCAUUUUUAAGCGUCCACCAAAACAACCGGGUGAUCAAUUAUUUGAUAGAUUAGAUCCAUCCAUUUUAAACAAACACUUACAGAAUUACAUGCCUGGUUUAACAGCUAAAGUUUUCCGUACAUAUAAUGCUUCCAAGACAAUGCAAGACCAAUUGGAUCUAAUACCCAAUGAAGGUACCAUUGCUGAAAAGAUUCUAAAAUAUAAUGCGGCUAAUAGAACUGUUGCUAUUCUAUGUAACCAUCAACGUUCUGUUGGUAAAAACCAUGCUGUAUCUGUUCAAAAAUCUGGAGAAAAAAUUAGAGAAUUAGAAUGGGAAAAGAUCAGAUUGAAGAAGGGUAUUUUACAAUUGGAGCCCAAAGAACUUAAAAAGGACAAAAAAUAUUUUGAAGAAAUUAAUGACAUGAAAGAUGAUGAAAUUCAGACAAUUAUGAAAGCCAUUAUUGAUAGAGAAAUUGAAAGAUGUCAUAAGAGAUUUGCAAGAGAAAAUGAUAAAAAGAAAUUCGAAGGUGAAGAAUUAUUAACUGAAGAUGAUUUAAAGGAAUGGCUAGAUAAGAUUGAAGAGAAAAAAGCUGCCUUUGAUAAAGAAUUAGAAACAGGUAUAAUUGAAUUAAAACCUUCCUUGAAUACAGUAGAAAAACUUCGUGCUCAAAUCGAAAAAUUCGAAAAUAGAAUUCAAACAAGAAGUGUUCAAUUAAAGGAUAAAGAAGAUAAUAGCCAAGUCUCCUUAGGUACAUCCAAAUUGAACUAUAUUGAUCCAAGGUUAACAGUUGUCUUUUGUAAGAAGUAUGGCGUUCCAAUUGAAAAACUAUUUACUAAAACUUUAAGAGAUAAGUUUCAAUGGGCCAUUGAAUCUGUUGAUGAAAAUUGGAAAUUUUAA